CACACAUGAUGAUUUUCAUCUAAUGUCUUGUCAUUCCCAUGACACCUCUGGCCUAAUGACUGUCAUUCUGGAGAGUCAGCACUGGACACCUGACCCGAUCUUUCUGUGCUGUGAAGAGGGGUCAUCACCACCAUCCUGUAUCCAGCUCUGUGCACUCCUAUCUGGGGGUAUGAUCAGUGCACAGACAGCCUCUUCUCUCCAGGGUUCUGUGGAUCCGUGAUUCACCCUCAACCUGAAAACACACCCGUCCGUUCAUGUUCGAUUUGGACUCUUGUCACCGUUUAUCUUUUUAAAAGCGAUAACUCAUCAGUGUGUCAAAGUGUUACGGGAGUGGAUGAACUCGUUAUCUCUCUGCAGCCUCCGUUGAACUGUGAUCAAAGUACGUCCGUGUAGGGUACUAGUUUCUCUCCGAACAGUCGCUCUUGUUCUCUGUAAUCGCCUUAUUUUGUGGGGGCGAAAACUACAGAAACGGUUUCAGGGAUGAAGCUGGUGAAAACUCAAAGGACAGAGUUCCUGGAGAAUAUCAGUGUUCUGCAGUGGAUAUGGAGCUUCCUCCUGUUAGGUCCGGUUUGUAUUGGAUUGAUGGUGUACCUUCUGUCGACUUCUCUGUGGCCGCUGCCUGUUCUCUACCUCAUCUGGCAGUUGACGGACUGGCACACACCUGAAAGAGGAGGCAGGAGAAGUUCUUUUGUGAGAAACUGGAAAGUGUGGAAUCGCGUUAGGGACUACUUCCCCAUGAAGUUAGUGAAGACGGCGGAGUUGAACCCGAACGAGAACUACAUCUUAGGGUGUCAUCCUCAUGGGGUGUUGAGCAUCGGAGCCUUUGCCUCGUUUAGCACCGAGGCCUGUGGAUUUAUGGACCUCUUUCCUGGGGUGCGCUCCUGCCUCUGCAUCCUGGGGGGCCUCUUCAAGAUCCCCCUCUACAGGGAAUAUGUCAUGGCCACAGGUUGUUGUCCCGUCAGCAAGCCCAGUCUAAAGCACCUUCUGUCUCAUAGUGGACAAGGCAAUGCGCUGGUGAUAGUGAUAGGGGGCGCUGCUGAGUCGCUGUUGAGCCUGCCUGGGGUCAACACUGUGGUUAUGAAGCAGAGGAAAGGCUUCGUCCGGGUGGCCCUGGAGUUUGGGGCUAACCUGGUGCCCGUCUACUCGUAUGGGGAGAACAAUAUUUUCCGCCAGGUGAUCUUCUCAGAGGGCAGUGUGGGCUGGAGGUUCCAGCAACUCUUUAAGAAAAUCAUGAGCUUUUCCCCAUGUCUGUUUGUAGGUGAACGCUGGUUCUGGAUGCCUUACCGCUGCCCGGUCACCACUGUAGUGGGUAGUCCUAUCCCAGUGCCAAAGAGGCCUUCUCCCACUCAGGAGGAGGUGGACCACUAUCAUGGCCUCUAUAUGGAAUCCCUGGUCAAGCUCUUCAAUGAACACAAGGCCAGCUGUGGACUCUCAGACAGCCACGAGCUGCAGAUCGUAUAGACCAGUCAUUUGUCCUCGUGGGAGCAGUCUAAUGUGAAUGACACCGUAGCCUAUUGAUCUCCACACUGAGACUACUUGAAUAAACACAUUCCCGCUAGAGGAUCUGAUCCAGGGAUGUCAACAAUCAUUGAUCCUUGGAUUUACCCAAGCUGCCUGGCUACUAGCGUUUUUACUGAAAACUAGAAUCUCACGUCAUUUGGUCAGAUGCUGUUUACGUAGUCUGUCCACGACAUACUACUUUAAGAAUGACUACAACGGAAUAGUGCAUGUGCUUAAUAUGUAGCAAUAAUUUAACCAUCAUUUAACCAUCAUUAAACAGGUUCAAAUUCAGCUCAUUCUCCAUUUCAUAAAAAAACAGUGAUUGAUUGUGUGACUUAGGGUUUACUUAGAAACACUGGGCCGACAUGUUGAGUACGAUCAAUUUUCUUAAUUAAGAGUGUGAACACAGUCUGCCUCCCAGACCCAAAGAUCAGCUAACUGAAACACACACACACACACACACACACUUCAAUAUUAUAAAGAGGUGUUUGAGCUGCCAGUCCAAAAGGAAGGACACUCUCAACAUGAUGAUUUUCAUCUAAUGUCAUGUCAUUCCCAUGACACCUCUGGCCUAAUGACUGUCAUUCUGGAGAGUCAGCACUGGACACCUGACCCAAUCUUUCUGUGCUGUGAAGAGGGGUCAUCACCACCAUCCUGUAUCCAGCUCUGUGCACUCCUAUCUGGGGGUAUGAUCAGUGCACAGACAGCCUCUUCUCUCCAGGGUUCUGUGGAUCCGUGAUUCACCCUCAACCUGAAACACACCCGUCCGCUCAUGUUCGAUUUGGACUCUUGUCACCGUUUAUCUUUUAAAAGCGAUAACUCAUCAGUGUGUCAAAGUGUUACGGGAGUGGAUGAAAUCGUUAUCUCUCUGCAGCCUCCGUUGAACUGUGAUCAAAGUACGACAAUGCAGGGUAAAAUUGCACACGCAAUUAUUGAAAUGUAAAACAAAAUCCUUGUCACCUGAUCCAUCAUUACAAGGUGUUUUAAAUCAUUGUUUGGUCUCACCAUCGUUAAUUUACUGUUAAACAGCUGUAGUUUUUGUCUUUGGCUGUUCUAGAUUUCCUCUGAGGGUUUUGUUGCAAGUCUUGUUCUCCUCCAAUAAUUUCCAGUUAUUUAAAUGUCCUCCGUGUGUAUGACUUAGAUACCGUAGCCAACCAGUUUAAACCAGUUCCAUUCAUAGUAACAAUUUGUGGCCUACAGAUUACUCUAACCAUUUACACAACACAGUAACACAAUGCUGUAAAAUUCAUAAAACACUCCCAGCACCUCA